AUGCCAAAGAUAAGUUUGUUCACAAACGUGUGGCGACUGAUUUCUGAAGAGCAACAUGAUUCACUCCCAACGCUGUCUCCAAAGAGGGGAAUGAUCUCAUUCAGUGUAAAUAAUUCGAUAGCGAAGCCUACAAUACGCAUGCAGUCUAGUGUAAAGGUAACUUCCCUUGUGGACAGUGUUGAAAGCAAGAAGCCGUAUGGUCACUGGAUUCCAGUAAGAUCUAUAUAUUGUUUAAAAAGAAUGAGAAAAGAAGUGAAUACAUUCAGGUGGGAGACUUUUUCCUUAUUCAUGUAA